AUGGUGCAGGCUUCGACAGCAGUUCCAGGUGGCGCAAAGACCCUUGCCAAGAGAAAGGCGACGCAAGAAAACAAGCUGAAGCAGCAGCAGCAGAACCAGCCUAACUCCUCGAGGGCUGCCGGCGCCGGCGGUUCGUCGUCCUCGAUGUUGAAGAUCUUCAACGAGGAGGCUCAGGGCUUCAAGAUCGACCCGUUGGUGGUGUUGGUGUUCGCCGUGGCGUUCAUCUUCUCUGUCCUCACGGGCAACAUCUUCUGA